GAAGGAGAAGGAGAAGAAGGAGAAGGAGAAGGAGAAGGAGAAGAGAAGAAGAAGAAGAAGAAGAAGAAGAAGAAGAAGAAGAAGAAGAAGAAGAAGAAGAAACACAGACAGACAGACAGACAGACAGACAGACAGACAGACAGACAGACAGACAGACAGACAGACAGGGAGGCAGACAGGGAGGCAGACACAGACAGACGGUUAACAGCUGUAAUUGAACAGUAAUUGGAAGAGAGACAGUAACUACCUGUCUGUCUCUCUGGAGCCUCAGGAUGUCACCGGGGUUCUUCCGCCCCUCCGGUCCGUCUCUCUGACAGCUGAUCAGAACCGGAUCAGGAUCUGGACCAGGAUAAGUACCUGACAGUGGGUCAGGAUGCCCUCAGACGUUUUUGCAGGCCUGCUGCUGCGGGUUCUGCUGCCCUGCACCCUGACUGCAGCGUGUGUGUUGCGGUUCUCCGGGUUCUCUCUGGUUUACCUUGCCUUGCUACUGAUGCUGCCACUGCUGCCAGCCCCCCCCUCAGGUAACCUGCGACGCUGUGUGACGGCCGUGUGUGUGAGCAGCUUCAUGUUCCUGUUCCUGCAGAUCUGCUUCUUGUUUACAACCAUCAGCCUGCAGACACAGAGCAACUGUACCUCCUGGCAGACAGCUCUCAGUCAGCUGGGCCUUGUGAGUCUGUCAGGAAGUGAUGCAGGCUCUGCAGUGAGACAGGUGUUUCCAGAUGUUGGUGUGCUGGUCGUCGGUCUGCUGACCUGGAGGCUGAUUGUAAGAGUGAAUGGUGACACACACACACAGACUCAGCAGGAGGUCCAGCAGCAGCAGGAUGAUCCUCAGGAGGAAGAGGAUCUGAUGUUUGAUGAGGACUCCGUCUCUAUUAUCGGAGAGGAUGAGGAGUUGGAGGAGGACGGCACCAGGAACAAGAUUCUGGUAGAACUGGAGAUAUUGGUUAGAAAGACCAGGCAGAUGUUGGGAACCAUGACGACAACCGGAGCCAAAGUCCUGCUUACCGUCGUGCUGGGACUCACGGGUAUCACGUUCCCGUCUCUCUCGUCCCUCCCCUACCUGCUCUGUUUCCAACUGUUGUGCACCUGGUGGGCGUGGUCAGGCCAAGUCCCCCCCCUCCUCUUCAGGUGUGUUUCUUUGAUGUCACUGGUCUACUCCGCCUCCCACUUCCUGCUCGUUUACUGCUACCAGCUGCCCCUGCUGCAGGAAGCGUGGCCUCCCAACCGAACCUCCGCCAGUGUUCUGGGUCUACUCCCCCUGGUCUCGGUGGACUGUGCUGCCCCCUGGAGGCUGACGGUGACGUCUGACCUCCACUGGUUCCACUACACCUCCCCCCUGAUGCUGCUGCUGCUCUACCACACAGUGGCAUCGCUCCGGAGGAACCAGGUGUUUACCUGCUCUGAGCUGAUCAACUGUGGGCGGGGCCUAGAGAGCACAGUGUCAGUGGUCAGCGGGAGCUGUGACAUCACCACUACCAGUAACCUGAGUGAUGAUGUCACCGGUGACAUCACAGCGGAGAGACGGGGAGAGCUGUGGAGACGAGCUCACCAGAGCAGAGACGUGCUGACAUCGUCCAAUCAGAGUCCCUCUGACACUUUUGCCCCGCCCACCCAGAGCACAGCCCUCGGAUUAGAUGUGUACUCCACACCUCACUACUCAAUCAGCCAAUCAGACACGUUGGAAACCUGUGAGUUUGGUGCAGACAGGUGGGAGGAGCCUGAGGUGAGUCCUGGUGAGGUGGGCGGGGCUUGGCUGAGUCCAGAUGAGGGGGGCGGGGCCUGGGUGGCGUGGAGCUUCUUGCUGCAGCAGAGCUACCUGUGCGCUCUGAUGGCGAUGAUGCUGUGGCCGGUCAGCUACGUGUCGUGGCUCACCUGUGUGCUGCUGCUGUGGUCCUGCCUGCUCUGGAUGCUGAAGGAGCGCCGCCGCUACACCAUGAUGUCAUCGCCCUGGCUGGUCGCCUAUGGCAACCUGCUGGUGCUGCUGCAGUACAUCUACAGCUUCCCCCCCGCCCAGGAAGUGCCCGGCCUGUUCCCGCGGAAACAAGACCCCUGCAGGGAGCUGGCUUCAAAGUUGUUGUGUCUGCUGAGCUUCUGGCUGCUGCUGAGACAGGCUCUGACUGAGAAGAGAGACAGACAGGCAGACACGCAGCUGUCUACCAUCACCAUCCACUUGGAGGACAAGAAGAUGGGUGAGACGGGUGAGGUUUCGUACGAGGAGGUGCUACUCCUGCAGGAAGGGGGGGUAAAGAUGGAGGCUCUGGUUGCCGUGGUGACGCGGAUGUUCGUGAAGUACUGGAUCUACGUCUGUGGGACCAUGUUCUUCUUCGUGAGCUUCGAAGGGAAGAUUGUCCUCUACAAGGUCAUCUACAUGGUGCUGCUGCUGUGCUGCACCGCCCUCUACCAGUUGAACUACGAGCGUUGGCGUGCCAUGCUCAGGGGCUUCUGGGUAGCCGUGGUGGUUUACUCCAUGCUGGUGCUGAUCCUGGUCUACACCUUCCAGUUCCCCACAUCCCCCCAGACCUGGAGCUACUACACCGGACUCAGUACUCACAGGUUGGAGGACAUCGGCCUGGAGAAGUUCUCAGUUCCGGUUCUCUUUACCAGGAUCUUUAUCCCGGCUGCCUUCCUCCUGGUGUGUAUCGUUCACCUGCAUUACUUCCACCAGCCGUUCCUCCAGCUCACUGACCUGAAGACUGUGGUGGACACACACAACAGCACCAUCACUAGGUUGGUGCACUCUGAGGGCAGCCUGUUCGACCUGUCUCUCUCUCUGGGGGGAGGGGCUCCUCAGAUCCUGCAGGACAAAACAGGAGGUGAGAGAGAGAGAGAAGAGGAGAAGAAGUGGAUCCAGGAGGAGGAGGAGGAGGAGGAGGAGUACCCCUGUGUGUUUGAGAAGGAAACCCUGUCUGAGCAGAUCAGAGGUCUGGUGUCCUGGAGGCUGGUGAUGGAUCGUCUCUCUGUCCUCCUCCUGCGCCUCCUGCUGUCUCUGCAGAGCCUACAGCGCCUCCUCUGGUGGAUCUUGGAACUGCACAUUGUCAAGAUCACAUCCUGCUACAUCAUCUGGGUCUGUGUGAAGGAGGUGAGACAGCUGUCUGUCUGUCAGGUGUGUGUGCUGAACCUUCUCUUUGUGGUGUGUGUGUCGGUGGCGUUGCCGUGCCGACCGUGGCGCCCCCUGCUGGCAGGAGCGUGCACGGUGUGGACGUGCACGCUUGCAGUCUGUAAGAUGCUGUACCAGUUGAACGCCGUGCAGCCAAUCAGAUACUCCUCCAACUGCACCAUGCCAGGUAACUCCAGCACUGACCUGUCUCACUCUGCUCUGUACUCUGGGCCGGUCGACCCCGCCCAGUGGGUGGGUCUCCGGAAGACAGACGGGAAACUGCUCGACUACCUGAGGUAUAACCUGAUGAUGUUAGCGCUGUUAGCCUUCGAGGUGACCGUCUACAGACACCAGGAGCUCUACCGUCUACGUUGUAACGAAGUCCCGCCCCCCACCAGGACGCUGUUUCAUGACAUCACACGGCGUCACCUGGACGACGGCGUCCUGAGCUGCACCAAGUACUUCCUGAAUUACUUCUUCUACAAGUUCGGACUGGAGACCUGCUUCCUGUUGGCGGUGAACGUGAUUGGUCAGCGGAUGGAUUUGUUUGCUGUAGGCCACGCUUUCGGCCUCAUCAUCGUCCUAUCACAGCGCAGCAGAAAGCGCAUCGCUGCAGUUUGGCCCAAGUACUGCUACUUCCUGUCGGGGUUGUUGAGUUUCCAGUACCUGCUGUGCAUCGGGUUCCCUCCGGCCACCUGCACAGAUUAUCCGUGGAGACCCCCGUCCUCCAACAUCGACUCUAACGUGGUGAAGUGGCUCUUCCUUCCUGAUCACCUCAUCCCCCCGAACCCCAUCUUCCUUCUCUACGACUUCCUGCUCCUGCUCGGCGCCUCCCUGCAGCUGCAGGUGUUUGUGGAGGAGCUCCAGCCGGAGGUACAGCUACUGGCAGGAGAGAACUCUGAGCUGCAUGAUGGACAGGUGUCUGAUCCAAUCAGGAGCCUCCGUCUCAACACGGGCCCAGACUUCAUGCUGUGCAGGUCUUACCUGGACAUGAUUAAGAUGAUCAUCUUCAGCUACAUGUUCUGGUUCGUCCUCACCAUCAUCUUCAUCACCGGCACCACCAGGAUCAGUAUCUUCUGCAUGGGUUACCUGGUGGCAUGUUUCUACUUUCUGUUGGUGGGGGGGGAUCUGCUGCUGAAGCCAGUGGACUCCAUCCUGAGGUACUGGGACUGUCUGAUCGGGUACAACGUGUUCGUCAUCACCAUGAAGAACAUCCUGUCGAUCUUGGCCUGUGGCUUCAUUAAGUCUCUGGUUCUGAAUCACUGCUGGCUCAUCCAGCUCUUCAGUCUGGCCUGCACCAUCAAAGGAUACACCAAACCGGAGCAGCAGAGCAGUAAACAGUGUGAGUUGCCGAGCGACGAGGCGGGCAUCAUCUGGGACGGCGUGUGUUUCUGCUUCCUGUUGUUGCAGCGCCGCGUGUUCAGGAGCCACUACUUCCUGUACGUGGUGCUGGACCUGCAGAACACACAGCUGCUGGCAUCCAGGGGGGCGGAGCUCUUCGAGGCAUCCAUAGUGAAGGCGGUGAGAGCGAGGCUGGAGGUGGAGAAGACGUCCAUGGACCUGCUGAAGAGACAAAUGGAGAGGAUCAAGUCCCGGCAGCAGAAGUUCCGCAGAGGAAAAGAGAAGUUGCUGAGUUUGACCCAAGACAGCUUCGGUACCGAGGUUCCAGAGAACAGGAAGAAGAAGUGGUGGAGACCCUGGGUUAACCACGCCUCCAUGGUGAGGAGUGGGGAUUACUACCUGUUUGAGACAGACAGUGAGGAGGAGGAUGAGGAGGAGGAGGAGGAGCAGGAGGAGAAAGAGGAGAAGAAGAAGAAGAAGAAGAAGAAGAAGAAGGAGGAAGAAGAGAAGAAGCAGGAGGAGCAGACACCUGAGAAGUCUGCAUUCCAGUUUGUGUAUCACGCCUGGAUCACUGACUCCAGAACCGCCAUGAAGGCUCGCAGCAACCAGAAGAAACUGUGGAAGAAGGUCUCGUCUGAGAGAAGGAGCAGGAAAGAGGAGAGAGGAGCAUCAGAAGUUAUAGAGGAGACGGCGGACACAGACGACAACGUAGAGGACAAAGAGGACGGACCAGACACGGUUCUGCGCCGGUUCUCCUACACGUUGCGGUUCUGCUGGGUUCUGCUGUCAGCACUGCUGGACUCACUGACCUCCUGGCUCAGAGGUCUGUGUCAGGAACACAUCGACAUCUCCACCGUGCUGCGCAUCGAGCGCUGCAUGCUAACGCAACAGGCUAAACAGGGUAAUGUUCCCACCAGAGACGCAAUCCACGUUUACUACCAGAGACAGAUCCUGAAGGCCUCUAGAGAGUCUGGCCUGAACUACAGUUCCCAUGAGGCCGAAGGACAGACCUUAGCAGAGAGAGGUCCAAAGGAGGUCAGUCCAGAUACCAAAGAAGAAGAACCAGAACCAGGUGGAGAAGGUCCAGCCUCAGGGAUUCCCUGCUCAGGAGUUGAACCAGAGACAAAAGAAGACACAGCAAUGGAGAUGAAAUAUGAAGAUUGCCCAGAAUGCCUCCUGAUAAGUGCCAGGAGACCCAGGCUGUCCCGGAUGAAGAGGGUCCGAUCUUCAUCCUCCUCAUCUUCGGAGGAGGGCAGGAUGAGUCCGGCUCACAGCUUUGAAGAACCCAAGCCAUCUCACACCGGCGCCUCCUCCCCCUCCUCCUCCUUCGUCCUCCCCCCCUCCUACAGCCUGGCUCUAGGAUUGGACCUGCAGGAGGGGGAGGGUUUUAGGGACAGGAGUGACUUCCUGUCUGACUUCACUUCAUGUCCCCUGGCGUCUCGAGCUCAGGAGCUGACAGCCAGUGAGCUGCUGAGGAGUAGGACCUUCUACGACGAGGACCUGGAGGCCUCGGAAAGAUUCUACGCAAACCAGCACCAGCUGCUGCAGCUCUGCUACGCCUUGUACAACAUCCUGGCUGCCAGAUCUGAGACGGUGUGUUUCCUGGUCAUCGUGCUGAACCACAUGGUGUCGGCCAGCUGUCUGACACUGGUACUCCCGGUCCUGGUCUUCCUGUGGGCCACGCUGUCCGUCCCCCGGCCCAGUAAGACCUUCUGGAUGACGGCCAUCAUCUACACGGAGGUCACCAUCGUCAUCAAGUACUUCUUCCAGUUUGGGUUCUUUCCAUUCAACCAGAAGCUGGAGUUGGACCGAUCCAAACCCUUCCACCCCCCUAACAUCCUGGGGGUGGAGAAGAAGGAGGCUUACGUCCUGUACGACCUGCUGCAGCUGCUGGCGCUGUUCUACCACCGCGCUAUCCUCAAGUGUCACGGACUGUGGGACCAGAAUGUCACCACGGAGACGGACACUAUCCAUAACAACAACAGCCAGCCGGACUCUGGUGCAACGUCUAUAGAUCCAACUGACCCGGGCAGCGCCCUGAGAAGACGAGUUCGUCGACGGACCAUAUCCAGCUCCACCCAGCUGCGCUCUCCUGCAGGCAGCAAGAGCUCCAGAGCCCUGCAGCCCGGCAAGUUGGAUCUGCUGCUGGAGAAACUCAGAGAACUCUCCAUCAGAGCCAAGCAGCACUCCGUUAGCCGCUGCAUGACUCUGUACCGCCCGGUGCUGCAGUUCUUCAGAGCUCUGGUCCAGCCGGAGUACAGCGCCGUCACCGAUGUUUACGUCCUCAUGUUCCUCGCUGACACCGUGGACUUCAUCAUCAUCGUGUUCGGCUUCUGGGCCUUCGGGAAACACUCUGCAGCCGCUGACAUCACUUCCUCCCUGUCAGAGGACCAGGUUCCUGAAGCCUUCCUGGUGAUGGUGCUGAUCCAGUUUGGUACUAUGGUGAUAGACAGGGCUCUGUACCUGAGGAAAACGGUUUUGGGGAAGUUGGUGUUCCAGGUGAUUCUGGUUUUUGGGAUUCACUUCUGGAUGUUCUUCAUCCUGCCGACCGUAACGGAGAGGCGGUUUAAUCAGAACCUGGUGGCUCAGCUCUGGUAUUUUGUGAAGUGCGUUUACUUCGGCCUGUCGGCCUAUCAGAUCCGGUCCGGGUACCCGACACGAGUUCUGGGGAACUUCCUGACAAAGAGCCACAACUACCUCAACCUCUUCUUGUUCCAGGGUUUCCGUCUGGUGCCCUUCCUGACAGAGCUCCGGGCGGUGAUGGACUGGGUUUGGACGGACACGACUCUGUCUCUGUCCUCCUGGAUCUGUGUGGAGGACGUUUACGCCCACUGCUUCGUCCUGAAGUGCUGGAGGGAGUCUGAGAAGAGGUACCCCCAGCCCCGCGGUCAGAAGAAGAAGCGGGUGGUGAAGUACGGGAUGGGGGGGCUGAUCGUGCUGCUGCUGAUCUGCAUCGUCUGGUUCCCGCUGCUCUUCAUGUCGCUCGUUAAGUCUGUCGCCGGUGUCGUCAACCGACCGAUCGACGUCUCUCUGACCAUCACACUGGGAGGGUUCCAGCCGAUAUUCACAAUGAGUGCUCAGCAGAACCAACUCAGAGACCUGACGGAGGACGACUUCAGCUCCUUCAGCAGCUCCUACAGCUACACACCUAGUGCCUUGCAGUUCCUGGAGGCGUACAGCCAUGAGGACGUGACGGUGGCGGAGCUGCAGGGCAGCAGCAACUCUCUUUGGACCAUCAGCCCCCCCAGCCGCCAGUACCUGAGCCAGGUGCUCAACCUGGACCACUUCCCUCUGACGCUGUCCUGGACCAUCCAGAGGAACCUGAGUCUGGGUGCGAAGGUGGAGCUGGCCUCAGGUAAACAUGUGACCUACCUGGACGAUCAGACCCGCCUGGAGCUGAUCCAGCUGCUGAACGGGACGAGGUCACUUCCUGUGGUCAUACAGGAAGUGUUUCCGUGUUUCCUUCGAGCUCCGAGCGACUCCAACGCCAAACCCAUUGAGCAGCUCUACGCAGACGACCGGUACAAAGACAUAUUGCUGGCCCUGGAGCGCUCGACCAAUCAGAGCCGAGAGAUCCAGGACUGGUGGAUUGUCGACCAACCGGCUGCCAGCCUGGUGCCCAUUGGGGGCAGGGCUUUGCUGAGUGACAGGAGAGAGGCGGGGCUUCAGCUGUUUGUGUUCAGUGAUAAAGUCAGUCCUCCCAGUCUGGGCUUCCUGGCCGGAUACGGCAUCAUGGGUCUGUAUGCCUCGGUGGUUCUGGUCAUCGGGAAGUUCGUCCGCGAGUUCUUCAGCGGGAUCAGUCACUCUAUCAUGUUCGAGGAGCUGCCCUGUGUCGACCGGAUCCUUAAACUCUGCACUGACAUCUUCCUGGUUAGAGAGACAGGUGAGCUGGAGCUGGAGGAGGAGCUCUACGCCAAACUGAUCUUCCUGUACCGAUCCCCGGAGACGCUCAUCAAGUGGACGAGGCGUUAAGAGUCCCUGAGGAGGAACGACUGUUAGUAUCCACAGACCUUAUUUUGAAGAGUUCAGGAAUGAGGAAGCAGCUGUGUGACCAAUAAUAGCAGCAGGGAGGCGGGGCUUACCUUCCGAUCACUGAGGACAAAUAACAGCAGGAAAAAUCCUGGAAAACCUGGAGUGUGUUGAUGAUUGGACGAUGCUGCUGACAUGCCCAUAUUAACUGAGUCAUGGGGGGAAGUGAUCCAUAAUCUGGGAUCUUAUUUCAGGAAAACAUGUGCAGUAUGGGGGUCUCCUCAGGAGUUUCAUAAUCCUCAUCGUUACCCUAACUACUGUAGACCACGUAACACUGAUCAAAUAUAUAGACAGGGAAGGUGUAUAAACUACGCUGGCCGAAUGGUGCCAAAGCACCACAGCGACGCUCUAUAUGACCCUAGGUCCCGUGUAUUUUAUGCAUAACUCAAACAGGAUAAAGGUGUUUGUAGUCUGAGCUAACAGAGGGCUGUGGAAACAUCACUGACCACACUGGAGGAAAUGUUGAAUGAAUCUGUAUCUGACUGAUAACUGUACGCUCUUCUGUGAAACAAAAAGUGAAUAUGUGGAAAUAAAGACUUUAAUAAGUU